AGAGAAACACACACACACACACACACACACACACACAUCCUCACCCACGUCUCUGAGCUUUUCCACCAACUUUCUGCACAUUAAGCAGUUCAACACAGUCCCAGCUGUCAGGACAGACACCAGAAUGAGUAAAAACAGCAAAGUGUUGAACCUGAAGGAUCAGAUCAGUGGGAAUGAAGCAGACCUGAGCCUGUCCAACCUCACAGAGGUGCCAGUCAGAGAGCUGGCUUUAUUCACCAAAGCAACUGUUGUGGACUUGUCCUGCAACAACAUCACCUCCCUUCCUCCAGAGUUCUGCAACCUGACCCACCUGGUGAAGGUGGAUCUGAGUAAAAACCAGCUGACCUGUCUGCCAGAUGACCUCGGGAACCUGACCAGCCUUCAACAUCUGGACCUGUACAACAACAAGCUGACUGUCCUGCCUGUCAGCUUCUCUCAGCUCCGGAGUCUGAAGUGGUUGGAUCUGAAGGACAACCCGCUGGAGGCCGACCUGGCCAAGGCAGCAGGAGACUGUCUGGAUGAGAAACAGUGCAAACAGUGUGCCACCAAGGUUCUGCAGCACAUGAGAGGUCUCCAGGAUGAAGUUGAUCGUGCAAGAGAGAAACGCCUUUUGAGGGGAAAAGAGCUGGAGAGGAAGAGGGAGGUGAAGCAGAAGGAGCGGGAAGCCAGGGAGAAGGAGGUUCGUAAACGGGAGAAGGCGGAGGAGAAGGAGAAGAGGAGGAAGGAGUACAACGCUCAGAUGGCGGCCGUGGCUGCGCGGGAACAACAGAAGAAGAAGAGCGAGGAGAAGAAGAAAAAGAACGGACAGGCAGCAGAUAAAAAGGCUGUUGUGGAAUCAGCGCCUAAACCUCAACGUUCACUCAUUGGCCUGAUGUUCAAGCUCCUCCUCCUGCUGCUACUGGGAUUGGCAGGAGUCGCCGCGGCCUGCAAGAUGACCGACUUGCAGAAGGAAGCCAUGUGUGUGCCCGUCAACGUCGCCGUGGACGACGGCUUAUCCUGGGUCAAAGAGCAGGAGGGCGUGGUCAGACAACUGGUGCAAAAUCUGUCGUCUGCAGCAAAUGAGUUUCUUGAAUCUACACAAGCGUCUAAGAACUAAACUCUCAUCUACCGCCAUCAACUUCCAGAGCUGCAGGUUUUCACUCCCACCUGGGAUUUUUUUUUAAUAUGCAGAAAUCAUGAAUAUCAUUAAGAUGGGCAACCCUGCAUCCCCUCACCCUGUUUCUGGUGCUGGGAGCUGGAUAGUCUGUACAGAUAGACAAGGGGGAAUGGACAGAUGUGUUUAAAAUCUUUUUAAAUUCCUAUGGAAUUGUUGUCGCUUGUACCCUCUUUGUACUACAGUCUGUUUUUAAGAAAAAGACUCAUCGUCCUUAAUUUCUCCCCAUCAAACAUGUUUUGCGCUUUGACCAGGUUUGUGUUUCGGUGCAUUUCAUGAAGCGUGGGGUGUUUUUGAGAGAUGUUCAGGUCUGGUGGCCCUGUCUUUGCUGCACUGGAAUGUCAUGUCACAUGUUAACUGCCAGUCAGAGUUGUGCAUAAGCCGGUGUUAGAUGUGGCUGUCUGAGCAUGUGAAGUGAAGGCUGUAUGAAUGUAGACCUCAGUCGUUCGUGGCCUCCUCCCUCUUUAUAGUCUUAAAUCAGUCAAACCAGCACAAUCUCACAGCUUAUACACACACAUCUGGCAUGUAAACUAGAGCCCAACUGAUACAUGAGUGGAUCUUUAACAUAUCACAGAUAAAGGAGUAUCUUGUGAGUAAAGUGUCAGCUAACUUUCAGCAGUCCAGAAAUGCCAAAGAUAUGUUUGAGUUCAUUUAGAAACAGUGUUGUCAUUACAUUACAGCUCCCUGUAAUGAUGAAUUGAUUUACAAAUAUAGUUAUGUAUUAUUUUUCUUUCAACCGACAAAAUGGAUUAAUUGUCCAAUUGUUUCAGCUCAAAUUUAUGUUCAAAUUAUUUUUCUCAAAUAUUGAUAUCUGUAUUGGCUUCAAAGAUCCGGUAUCAGUCAGGCUCUAAUGUAAACCCUUCCCAGUGCACAAACUGUUUUAAAAGAGCAUCCCCCUUUUGCUAGAAUUACUGUCUACAUUACAGAUAUCCAUUUUAGAAAACAUGCUGUUGUGUUUGAGACCUUUUGGAUAUUGAUAUAACCUUCUUUCCCUGCACUCAUUGGUUUCCAUUCAUUUAUAUUCAGACUGAAAAAUAAUUAAAAACUCUGGUAACUUUCUAAAGAGGUGGAAGCCAUCACAGUCUGCAAUAAUUUGUGUUAAAGAAAAAUUACUGCAACAAGACAUUUCAACCCAAAUGUGCACUUUAGCGACUUUACCACAAAAAUAUUCUGAAACUUAAACACAAAUAUUAUCCAGACUUGUUGCUCACUGUGAUGGAUGAAUUUACACAUCUGUACCAAGUUUCAAGAGUCCGCAAAAAGAUUUUUAACUAGUACUACAAAGAGCCGCGCCUUGUGAAGGCCCACAACGGACAACAUGCCCUGAAGCCCCGCCCCCGCUACUCUACAGAGCGCUGUUCGCUUGUUUAUGCAAGGUUUAUUAAUAUUGAAGUGUUGCAUGUCCAAAUUGCACCAACUUCCACACUGCACGUCCUUUGGGUCCCCAGCAAUACACCCGCCAAGUGUGCGUAGAUCGGAUAGCGGCUCUGCAGUAAUACACAGACCGAGAGACAAAGUUUCCUCAUUUUAUAUUUGGAUACUGGACAGACAAAAUGGAAACCACUGGCUGCAUGGGGAAAAAACAAAAAACAGCAGCAAAAAUUAACAAAAAGGUUAUCUGUUAUGUGAUAUAGUAUAUAUGUUUAAUUAUUAAGGGUAUUUUACUUUGUAAAGACAGAAGCAUGAUCUUUUUUUAAAGAGUGCAGUGGUUACUGUAUUUAACUUCGCUCUUGCUCAAAUUCCCUAAAUCAUAUGGCGCAAUAAGGACCAAGUGCUGAUACUGAACUAGUGAUCCGACGUCUGACAUGCCUCUCUUUUGUUAUCUCUUAACUAAAAUAAUCAAAAACAAUUGGCAGAUUGUUUCUGUUCUUUCAGUUUAACUGAUCUUUUGAAAUGCAACUUUUUUUCAUUUGUCGGGGCUACCUUUGCUGCUGUGGUUCUUGUACAGCUUUGUCCAUGCUUUCAAACAUUGUCCACGUUAAUAAAUGGCUAUGCAC